CUGGCCGCUCUGCUGGGGCGCCUGUCCGACCGACUCGGCAGGAACCGGGACCGCCGGCGCAGGAGGUGAGAGAGCGGUGGGGCUGAGGGCGUGCCCGGCCCCGACCCUCAUUCCGCGCUCCCGGCGUCGCGGCCACCAUGGCUGUUGUUGGCGCCUCUGCUGUCUCCAGCUGUCCCCCAUGUCACCUCGCCUCCUUGCUGCCUGUGUCCGGAGGGUGUGCAUCGCUUCCAGUGGAUCAGAAACCUGGUUCCAGAGUUCGGAGUCUCCAGCUCUCACGUCAGGGUGCUUUCUUCACCUGCAGAGUUUUUUGAGCUCAUGAAGACACUUUUGAUGGCUGCUCAGCUUAUUCCUGCGGGUUCCACCUGUUAGGUUUCCGCUUCACAGAUGGCUGAGUUGAGCCGUGAUCAGAAGCUCUCCUGGGUGGCUGAUGUCUCAGGUGGAGCAGCUCAGAGCUUGCGGGCACUGAGGGGGCAGAUAAAAGUAGCCAAGAGGCGGGUCGUGAUGGCGUCCCUCUACCUGGGGACAGGUCCUUUGGAACAGGAACUGGUGGAUUGCCUGGAAAGCACUCUAGAAGAGUCACUCCAGACGAAGUUUCCUUCCGACCUCAGGGUGUCCAUUCUCUUAGACUUCACGCGGGGCUCAAGAGGAAGGAAAAACUCUCGCACGAUGCUGCUCCCACUCCUGCAGAGGUUUCCAGAACAGGUCCGAGUGUCUCUCUUCCACACGCCUAACCUCCGUGGGCUCCUCCGGCUCCUCAUCCCCGAGCGCUUCAACGAGACCAUCGGCCUGCAGCACAUCAAGGUGUACCUCUUCGACAACAGCGUCGUCCUGAGCGGCGCAAACCUGAGUGACUCCUACUUCACCAACCGGCAGGACCGCUACGUGUUCUUGCAGGACUGUCCUGAGAUUGCGGACUUCUUCACGGAGCUGGUGGACGCGGUGGGGGACGUGUCCCUGCAGUUGCAGGGGGACGACACAGUGCAGGUGGUGGAGGGGAUGGUGCAUCCUUACAAAGGUGACCGGGCUGCGUAUUGCAAGGCAGCCAAUAAGAGGGUUAUGGAUGUGAUCAACUCAGCCAGGACCCGCCAGCAGAUGCUGCAUGCCCAGACCUUCCACAGCAACUCCCUCUUAACCCAGGAAGAUGCAGCCGCCGCUGGAGACCAGAGGCCAGCCCCAGACACCUGGAUUUACCCAUUGAUCCAGAUGAAGCCCUUUGAGAUUCAGAUCGAUGAGAUUGUCACUGAGACCCUGCUGACGGAGGCCGAGCGAGGCGCUAAGGUCUACCUUACCACUGGCUACUUCAACCUGACCCAGGCCUACAUGGACCUGGUCUUGGGCACGCGAGCCGAGUACCAGAUCCUGCUGGCCUCGCCGGAGGUGAACGGCUUCUUCGGGGCCAAGGGGGUGGCAGGUGCCAUCCCGGCCGCCUACGUGCAUAUUGAGCGGCAGUUCUACAGUGAGGUGUGCAGCCUGGGGCAGCAGGAGCGGGUCCAGCUGCAGGAGUACUGGCGGAGGGGCUGGACGUUUCAUGCCAAAGGCCUCUGGCUGUACCUGGCAGGGAGCAGCCUGCCCUGCCUCACGUUGAUUGGCUCUCCUAAUUUUGGGUACAGGUCAGUUCACCGGGACCUGGAGGCCCAGAUCGCCAUCGUGACGGAGAGCCGGGCCCUGCAGCAGCAGCUUCACCAGGAGCAGGCGCAGCUCUACCUGAGGUCUGGUGCGGUGUCCUCUGCCACCUUUGAGCAGCCGAGCCGGCAGGUGAAGCUGUGGGUGAAGAUGGUGACUCCGCUGAUUAAGAACUUCUUCUGAGGACAGCAGACCAAGCUUCUGAAAUCCAGAGUGUCUUUCGUUCCCCUCCGCUGGGACUUGCUGCAUGUCACGUGUGGUGGCAGCUGACGCGCUGGGCAGCAUAGCACACACACAAGUUUCUCCGAGGAUUGUGGCUGUUUAAGGGCAAGGUGGGCAUUUAUGUAACUCCCACAGUGCCCUGCCUGGAUGGCCGCUGUUUACCAAAUGUGGGCAAGUUGAAGUUAAUUGGAUAAGAACUUGCUGAUUUAUCAAGUGUCCGAUGUGCUCUCAUGAACUUUGACUUAAAACAUUAAUAUCGGGGCUUCCCAGGGGGGCGCAGUGGUUAAGAAUCGCCUGCCAAUGCAGGGGACACGGCUUCCAGCCCUGGUCCGGGAAGAUCCCACAUGCCGCGGAGCAGCUAAGCCCGCGAGCCACAACUACUGAGCCCACGUGCUGCAACUACUGAAGUCCGCACGCCUAGAGCCUGUGCUCUGCAACAAGAGGAGCCACUGCAAUGAGAAGCCCGUGCACCACAACAAAGAGUAGUCCCCGCUCACCGCAUCUAGAGAAAGCCCGAGCGCAGCAACGAAGACACAACGCGGCCAAAAAUAAUAACUAAAUAAAAAAACAAAACAAAACAAACCAUUAAUAUCCUCUC